CAAGUUUCUUCCAUGGCCACUCCUUUCCAAUAGUCAUAUACUCCCCUCCCCUCCGAUACGUUAAAGUCUCCGUCCGUCAAUUCUAUCGUCUCUCUCUUUCUCCCUUUCUCUGAGAUUUGUCGAGGGAGAGACGUAGGUGCGUGUCUUCAGGUCUUGGUCGUAGAAUCUUUGCUCCCUCAAUUCUCUCCCGAUCCCCUGUUUCCUUCCUCCUGCCAUCCAUCUGUUUGCGCACAUUUUCCCCAUUUCAGCAGCCGGCCAUCCUCCUUUCCUUUCUUCCUUUCCGGUGCGGGCGAUGAUUUUAGGCGCAUCUCUUGAACCAGCACCCGCGCCAGCCAUCAUCGCGUUGAAUUUCGAUUGACAUCGGUUGAUUUUUCGCUUCUGGGGGUUUCAUUCCUUCCUCACUUUUUUGGUUCGUCGGUGAUCCGAUCACCAAUCAAUGGGGAGGAGCAGCAGAUCGUCGGCAUCUUCGUCGUCGUCUUCCUCGAAAUGGAGGUAUUGCAACCCUGCUUAUUACCUGAAGCGCCCCAAGAAAUUGGCUCUGCUCUUCCUUGUGUUUGUUUGCGCCAGUUUUCUGGUCUGGGAUCGCCAGACUCUCGUCCGGGAACACGAGGUGGAAGUUGAUAAGUUAAGUGAAGAAGUGAACCAAUUAAAAAUGAUGCUGGAAGAGUUAAAGAGUACUCAAGGGGAUGAAGUGAGUUCUGUGAGGGGGAAAUCCUCCAAAGUCACUAAGGUUCUUCCUGACGACCCUGUUGAUAUCCAAAGAAGAGAGAAAGUGAAAGACGCCAUGAUUCAUGCUUGGAGUUCGUAUGAAAAAUAUGCAUGGGGCCAUGAUGAACUUCGGCCGCAGACGAAGAAUGGCGUCGACAGCUUUGGUGGUCUCGGAGCAACAUUAAUAGAUUCUCUUGAUACAUUAUAUAUAAUGGGUCUGGAUGAGCAGUUUCAGAGAGCCAGAGAGUGGGUUGCAACCUCGUUGGAUUUCAACAAGGAUUACGAUGCUAGUGUAUUUGAGACAACCAUAAGAGUCGUAGGUGGCCUACUCAGUGCUUAUGACCUUUCCGGGGACAAAGUUUUCCUUGAGAAGGCUAAGGACAUUGCUGAUAGAUUGCUGCCUGCAUGGGAUACACCUACUGGCAUACCUUACAACAUUAUCAACCUGGAACAUGGAAAUCCUCAUAACCCUGGUUGGACUGGUGGAUCCAGUAUUCUUGCAGAUUCUGGUACGGAGCAGCUUGAAUUUUUUGCUCUCUCUCAAAGGACAGGAGACCAGAAGUAUCAUCAAAAGGCUGAAAGGGUUAUCCUGGAGCUGAAUAAAACUUUUCCUGCUGAUGGCCUUCUUCCAAUCUAUAUAAGUCCUGAUACGGGAACUGGUUCAAUCUCCACAAUAACUUUUGGUGCAAUGGGCGACAGCUUUUAUGAAUAUCUGCUUAAAGUUUGGAUUCAAGGAAAUAAAUCUGGAGCCGUGAAACUUUACAGAGACAUGUGGGAGAAAUCAAUGAAGGGUCUAGUUAGCUUAAUUAGACGAAGUACACCUUCAUCUUUUACGUAUAUUUGUGAGAAAAGUGGUGACUGGUUGACAGAUAAGAUGGAUGAAUUAGCGUGCUUUGCUCCAGGAAUGCUGGCUUUGGGAUCAGCUGGUUAUGAUGAGCCUGCUGAAUCUGAGAGAAUUCUCUCGCUUGCCGAGGAGCUUGCUUGGACUUGUUACAAUUUCUAUCAAUCAACACCAACAAAAUUGGCAGGAGAAAACUACUUCUUCCGAUCUGGACAGGAUAUGAGCGUUGGCACAUCAUGGAACAUCAUGAGGCCAGAAACUGUGGAAUCACUCUUUUACCUCUGGCGUUUAACGGGCAACAAGACAUAUCAGGAGUGGGGUUGGAACAUAUUUCAAGCAUUUGAAAAAAACUCACGCGUUGAGGGUGGUUAUGUUGGACUGAAGGAUGUGAAUACUGGCAUCAAGGACAACAUGAUGCAAAGCUUUUUCCUGGCCGAGACACUCAAGUACCUGUACCUUCUUUUCUCGCCUUCUUCUGUCAUCUCAUUAGACGAAUGGGUCUUCAACACAGAAGCUCACCCGUUGAGAAUUGUGAAGCAUCAAGAUGGGCAGAGCAAUGGACAGACGGACAAAAUAACUAGGUCGCGGGGCAGGAAAGAAGGGCAAUGGUGAUCUGCAGUCGGCGGGUUUGCAUUCUAUCUCCUCAACUGGCUGCCAUGUCUACAGUUUGGUUGAACCCAUUCGAUUCCCUUUCGCGGCAGCAGUCAUACUGGUUGGAUGGGCGGGCAUGAUCAGUCAGUGAACUAAUUAGUUAUUACACAGUAGGGUUUAGAAAUCGAAAAGGGCGACAGGAGUUGUGGGAUUACAGGGCAAGCUAGCUCACAUUUGGGAGAGAUCCAGGGUGGUCCAACUGGGGAAGUUUUCCUCCAUUUCGAGGCCGUUUAGGUUGAGUUGUUGUAUACUUAUGGCUAAAGAAAGGGUCGACUGGAAGCUAUGAACUUACAUGUAACAUGCGAUCUAGGGGAAGUAGUUUUAGUUCUAGUUCCUACUGCUGUUAUGGUAGUUUUGAUAGGACAUUGAGUUUUCUCCUUGAAGAGCUAUUGCUAAAAUCUUCGUCUGGAAGAUGAGACAACUAAAAUAUUUUUGACACUUUUAGAGUGGAAAAUGGAAUGUGUUUGUGCAGACUUGCUUUCUAAGUGGUAUCGUAUGCUCAAUGGUCGGGGUGGGAUGACAUAUCUUGAUCCGAUCCGACUCAUUCUCGAUACGUUGUGUUCUAUUUCUUAUAAUAUUUACAAAAAACUGUUCUAUAUUGCGACCUCUGUCACUUCAUACUUGCCUAUUAUUGAGAGACUAAUUUGAAU